AGGACGGGAAGGCCGGGCGAGGCUUCCGCGCUACCGGAAGUCGGCGAUGGUGCUUGGUGGAUCCGACCGGGUUGGGGCUACGUAGCCUUCUCCAUGCGGGCCCGGAGGGGUCCUUCACAGAAGGGGACCCAUCGGCGGCCUUCCAAGAAGCUGAAAUGUGAAAAGAAAACUCGGGCCAAGGUGGACGUCCCGCAAGGUGCCGUCCGGGAAGGCACCGGCCCCGGUCUUCUCUCCCAAGAAGAGCCCGCCCAGAGAUCCUCCUCGGAACACGAAUCGGCCGACCUCGAGAGGAUGCUGCAAAGGCACGCCAAGAGGAUGCCUGAGACGGAUGGCGAAACGGCAAGAGAACAAACCGAUCUCAGCGUGGAGAGCGGCUUUCCCGAGACGGACCGUGGAGCUCUCCUCGAGACGCACUUUCGGACCCUGGAGGACGAGGAAGAGGAGGAAAUAAAAGAGGAGAGCCACGGGGCCGGGUGGUCGGAUGACUCGGAUAUGGAACCCGAGGAGGCGGACGACCACGUGGUGGAGGUGGACAACAGCGCGUUCUUGAAUGAGGACAGCAACCAGCCACUGCCCGUGGACCGGUUCUUCGGCAGUGUGGCAUUCAUGCAGGAUCUCCCGGCCGCUCCCCUCACCCGGGCCAUCGCCAGCAGGCGAGAAUUCAGGAAGGCCCACUUCAUUGCCAAGGAGGACGAUGAGGAGGAUGAAGAAGAAGAAGAAGAGGAAGUCAUUUGAGGACCAAGAAGAGAGAUCAGCCGAUGUUCCAUCUCUUUGCCAGAGGCCGUCGAGAUGUUCUUAAUUGCAAAAAGACUCGUUCCUUUGGUGGGAGUUAACUCUCUGAGCUCCCGUAAUCCUGCACCUCCAGGCUCUGCCUUUCAAAGAGGGAAUGGACCCUCUCUUUUUUUUUGACCUGGGGGUGUUUUCUUGUUGCACGGCUUUAUUCUGGUUGCCCCGCGACAACCUUGCCCAGGAGAGUACUUGAGGAUCUCGGUGUGAGGACUUGGGAAAUGAUUGAAUUUUCCAAGCAUCUUGCAGCAUAAUUCACGACGGAAAUCUGGUCUCUCUGGCUCUUCUUUUUUUUUUCCUCCCCCAAGGAUGUUACCAGGAUGCUACUUAUAAGAUCCCCACAUGAGCCUGUUUGAAUUUACAUAAGAUGUUUGCAAGAGCCUAAACUGGCCGAAGCCCGCAGAGAGGAUGUGGAAACGGUGAAAUGUUGACUUCUUGGGUGGUUGGUUUUUUUUCCUUCAGAAUCUCCAGCAUCAAGAAGAGCUCUCUCUGUAUGCACUGAUCUGCCACGGACACCGUAACCCAUCAUCCUGGACAGCGAGGACUGAAGUUGAACCCCGCUAGUUAAUCCUGAAGGUCCAUCGUCUCGGUCCCCAUCCGGUUUCCAGCAAGGCUCCAGAGAGAUGCUUGAAAGAGGAGGCCCAUCAGGCAUGAAGGGAAGGGAAGGGCAGGGAGGCUUCCAUCCCCUGGUCAUUUGAGGCCACCCGUGGAUAUGGGAACCCCCCCCCCCGCCACCGCCGGGCCCUCCCAUGUCAGGCAGAGGGAAACGGCAUCCCCCUGCGGAGGCACACCGCCUCUGCACAUCGAAGCUCAGCCAUCUUUACCGAGAGGCUCCCGUUAAACCAGAUGUUCCCAACCUUCAGCAACCCAGAUGUUCUUGGGACUAAAACUCCCAGCGACUUUUGCCCCUCGCUGUGCUGGCCAGGAUUUCUGGGGGUGGCAGCCCAGGAAGAUCUCGGGACCCAAAGCAAAAGGGAAGGAUGCUGCUUGUAUGCCGCCCCAUCAUGCUAAAAGCACUCCCUGGGUGGUUUACAACGAUGCAGGCUAGGCAUUCACAUGCACACACGCAUACCAGCAAGCUGGAU